UCUGCACUGGGACCCAACAUACAAUCUGACCGAUAAUCCUGAACUUGUGUGCGCAUCAAGUGGCACACGACCUGCGGCCAAUGCGGGGAUGUUUGGAGACUAUGCUUGUGACUCGCCAUGGUUCCUUAUAAACUCUUCUGUGUAUGCCAUGAAGGAUAUUCUACCAGACCCGGACUUUAUUUUAUGGACAGGAGACGAAACACCACACGUGCCCGAUGAGGAUCUGGGAGAAGAAGCAGUGCUCCACAUUAUCAGCAGUCUUACCCACAUUAUAAAUCAGGUGUUUCCAAACACUAAAGUUUACCCUGCUCUGGGCAACCAUGACUACCACCCUAAGAGCCAGCUUCCUGCAGGCCCAAACUACAUCUACGAACAAACAGCAGAAAUGUGGCAAGGCUGGUUGGAUCCAGAGUCUCGUGGAACAUUCAAAAAAGGUGGAUAUUACACAGAAAAGCUGCUGAAUCGAACAGGGUUCAGGAUGCUGGUCCUCAACACUAAUCUCUACUAUGACCAGAACAAGGCAACCCAGGACAUGGACGACCCAGCCGGCCAGUUUAGCUGGGCCGAUCAGGUUCUUACAGAGGCUGCCAACACCAAAGAAAAGGUGUACAUCAUUGGCCAUGUUCCCCCAGGUUUCUUUGAGAAGAAAAGAAAUAAGCCAUGGUUCAAGCCUUCAUUUAACAAGCUAUACUUGGAUUUAAUUCAGAAGCAUCAUUCAGUCAUUCUUGGACAGUUCUUUGGUCAUCAUCAUACUGAUAGCUUCCGAAUGUUCUACAGCUCAGACGGCUCUCCUAUCAGUACAAUGUUCCUAAGCCCAGGUGUCACACCGUGGAAAACAUCACUGCCUGGAGUCAUGGAUGGAGCCAACAACCCUGGGAUUCGUGUCUUUGAAUAUGACACCCAAACACUCCUAGUCAAAGAUGUGGUGACCCAUUAUUUGAACCUCACUCGCGCUAAUGUAGCACACGGACGCUGGGAGAAAGAGUAUCGACUCACAGAGAGCUUCAGAGUGCCAGACGCCUCCCCAGCCUCCAUGCAUCGGGCUCUGGAGCGCAUUGCUAGUAGCCGUUGCUACCUACAAAAGUACUACGAGUUCAACUCUGUCAGCUAUGAUCUGACAGAGUGUAACAGUGACUGCCGUGUUGACCACGUGUGUGCAGCCAGAGAGGUUGACUUUGACAGGUAUGAACACUGUCUGGAAAAAGAAAGGGCUGCUGCCAUUUAUGGUGGGUUUCUACCGGUCCUCUCCGUGGCUGUAAGUUUGGUGUUUGCCAAUUGGUAGUGAUGAUCUAUCACGGAUCACUGUGGUCCUGUAAAUAUUAAACAGUAGACAUCACAGGUUUUCCUCUUUUAAAUCAUAUGCCAUCUAUAAUGUAAGUGAGUCAUGCACUAUAUGUACUUAAGCAGGGAAACAACAACCACCUUUGGCUUCAGCAAUCUUUGAUGUGGCCUCUUGACAUUGGUUUGUUGGUGCAGCGUUGAAUACUGUAUUGCCAGUGAAUA